CAAGUCCCGCCCCCACACUGCGCACUCUUAACUCACAGAGACGGUGGACGACAGUAGUACCGGCGUGAGACAGCGGUGCUGGUGUUUCUACUCAGACGAAGCGGCAGGGGGCGUGGCUAACACUCCGUACAGCAGCGACCCUGCGCGGAGAUGAAGAGGAGGCUAAACAAGAAGUACCUGCUGCUGAUCCUGGCCUACACCGGACUGCUGCUGCUUCUGCCCUACGUGCUUGACUCUCGGGACCGGGCGACCCGGCCGGCGGCGCAGCUCCAGCCCCGCUGCCCGGAGCUGGAAUUGCCGUGGGAGGACGCUGGGGGUCCCAACGGCAGCGAGCCGGCGACCGAGCCCGCCUCUAACCGCAGCCAGCCACGGAUCCAUGUCUACCUGCACGCCACCUGGAGGACCGGCUCCUCCUUCUUGGGCGAGCUGUUCAACCAGCACCCGGACGUGUUCUACCUGUAUGAGCCCAUGUGGCACAUCUGGCAGGCGCUGUACCCUGGGGACGCGCAGAGCCUGCAGGGUGCCGUGCGCGACAUGAUGAGCGCACUCUUCCGCUGUGACUUCUCGGUGCUGCGGCUGUACGCGGGCGGGCAGAACGUGAGCAGCGCUUUCAUCUUCGGCUGGAAGACCAACAAGGUGCUUUGCUCCGAACCGCUGUGCCGCGCGCACCGGCGCCACGAGGUGGGACUGGUGAAGGAGGAGCUGUGCGCGCAGUGUCCGCGAAGGGAGCUGCGCGAGCUGGAGCGCGAGUGCCGGAAGUACCCGGUGAUGGUGAUCAAAGGUGUGCGUGUGCUGGACCUGGGCACGCUCGUGCCGCUGAUGCGGGACCCCAGUGUGAACCUGCGCGUCGUGCAGCUGUUCCGGGACCCGCGCGCCGUGCACAACUCGCGUCUGAAGUCGAAGCACGCUCUGGUGAAGGAGAGCAUCCAGGUGCUGCGCAGCCGCAGACAGAGCGACAGGUACAAGCGGUUGCUUGCGCCCGCGAACCGUGCGACGCGCGCGGAGAACUACGUGUCGGGCGCCCUGGAGCUCAUCUGUGACGGCUGGUUGCGCGACCUGCUGCUGCAGCUGCGCGCACCGCCCUGGCUGCGCAGCCGCUACCUGCGCCUGCGUUACGAGGACCUGGUGCUGAGGCCGGCCGAGCAGCUACGCAGGCUGCUCCGCUUCGCUGACCUGCCCGCGUCUGCCGCGCUCGAGAGCUUUGCGCUCAAUAUGACACGCGGGCACGGCUACUCUUCCGACAGACCAUUCCUCAUCUCCUCCCGCGACGCCAAGGAGGCUGUCCACGCCUGGAGGGAGCGGCUGAGCGUGGAGCAGAUCAGUCAGGUGGAGGCGUCCUGUGGCGAGGUCAUGAGGCAGCUGGGCUACCAGAAGACGCACGAGGAGGACACAGCGUCCUGACAGAGCUGUGGGCCGAGGGUCGUGGUGUUCAGUCUGAGGUCAGAAGGUGGUCUAACUAAACGAGCAGCUGGAAUGUGUUCCUUGAGGAGUUCUCAGGCGUGACUCGAGGACUGUUUUCCUUCGGCCGAGCCGGGCUGAUGAACUGGAGAAAAUCUGAGCAAAAGAGCAGCCAAUCACAGGCGGACAAUUUGGAACAAGGAGGCGGCGGCUCAUUUUUCCUGGUUUCUGUUGGACACCAGCCCUGCACGCCCCGGAUGUUCCUCCUCAGGAGGUGACUGCCAAGAUCAGAGCGCCGGCUUCGCUGUCACCUGUGUGACUCAUCUGUCUGGCUUGCGACUCAGCGUGGCAGAGAUCGCCAGUGUUUGUGGUACUCACUAAUAGCACUAAUGUAGAGCAGUGAAGAAGAACUGCAGUAUUUUGGAGAGGCUACUCUCCUCUCUAACCCUCCCCCCGGCCUCUCAGGAAUGUGCACUUCUCUGACAAAACACUCACAUGGGUGUAAGAUUCCUCCGUCCUCACACAGUUUAGGGUGCAGGGCCCUGUUGUUUUCUUCGAAAAUGCUGUAAAUGUUGUAACCCAAGCCUCCAGAAGGGCUUUAGUGUUUGAGAUACCCCUCUCACCUCCAAACCUCCAGCAGCUUCUGUGCACAGACAGACAUGGACCCAGGUCUGCAGCCCUGUAGCCAGCUCACGGAGCCAGACAGACAGAAAGCUGAAUUUUUUUUUGUGUAUUUAAAAAGUUGAUUCACUGUUACAGGAUUCGUACAAACAGUUUGUUACGUGUGUACACUUGGAUUUGGCCGUGGUUGGUUCAGCGACCAAUGAGCUGUUGUAGCUCACAAGGUUAAAUACUGUGGAGCAGAAGGGCAGGUGGGAGGUGGAGCACUUAAAGAUUUGAUAAUGGAAGCUCACACAGCAGCACAGUCUGUGAGCAAAGUCCGCUUUAUUUUCCUCAGCUAAUGUCCUGCGUAUGUCUUUGAAGACAUGACUCGGUGGUAGGGGUAUCUCAAAGUCUUGGGAGGUUGCCCCCACCUCCCAUAUGUGAGGCUCAGAGGUUGUUUCUGUACUUUUUGUUGGCACUGAAAGAAAAAUAACUUCAAAGCGACUCAAAGAAUAAAAAGCUGACACACUCCAUAAA